AUGCUUUCUUCGACAGCAACCUUGCUCAUGGGAAAUCAGCUUGUAUCAAUUGAUGUUUUACGCCAGAUUUUAUCAUCAUCAUCUAAAUUAUUCCAUGGCUUGGUCUCUUCUGAUUUAAAUCCCCGCGACCAUCAAAAUUACGCGUCAUGUAUUAAAAAUCAACAUGAACAAGUCACUUCUCCUAUAUUACGCUUCCCAGUUCAUCAUAAAAACAAACAUGAUUACUUAUCUUCCGGUCAAACCCCUCGUAUGAAAUUACCAACACAAGUAGAGAUCGAACAAACUGUUGUUCGAGCAUUCGAUAAAGCGACGAAUUAUCUUGAACAAGUUGGAGUUAUGACGGUCUUGAGUAAAAACAAAUUAUAUGAUAUCGUUGGUCUUAAUAAUUAUGCUCGAGUGUUAUUUGAGGACAAGCAAAUACUCGAUAUUUUCUCGCAAGAAAACGCUGAUGAUGACGAUGAUGAUUGGGAAGUCUAUGGAUCGGAAGCCGACAACGAAAAUGAUGACGACGAUGUAAUUAGUAUUCUUCGAUACCAUGAUGAUCCAGACUCUCUACAACCAACAUUUCGCACAAUACGCGUGUGUGAUAACUCAUGUAACUUGGGUAAAUCUGAUAAACCUAAUGUUCAUAUUGUCGCUCAUACGCACGACGAUGUUUGUUGGUUAAAAACAGUCGAUCAAUAUUAUUAUGGAUCGCGUGGAGAAAUUACUCGAAAAGGUGUUCAAUAUAUUCUCGAUUCAGUUGUGCAGGCAUUAGUGGAUAAUUCCGAUCGUCGAUUUAUCUAUGUUGAAAUGGCUUUCUUUUGGCGUUGGUGGAAUCAACAAUCGGACGAUAUGCGUGAAAAAGUCAAGCGAUUAGUCAAUGAAAGUCGUUUGGAGUUUAUUUCGGGCGGUUGGUCGAUGAUUGAUGAAGCAACAACACAUUACAAUUCGAUUAUUGAUCAACAUAGUUUAGGUGCCGAAUUCUUGCAUGAUACAUUUGGUGAAUGUGCACGACCAAAAAUUGGCUGGCAAAUUGAUCCAUUUGGUCAUUCACGAGAAGUUGCUUCACUCUUUGCACAGGUUACAUUUGCUUCAAGACCUGAUAUUUGA